UUGUAACGGGAAGUUAUUAAAUUACAAAUACAAAAACUGUUGGAAAAACAGCUAAUGAAAUAGAUUUACCUAUGAUACUAAGUUUUUAUUACAUAUGUUGUGUACCUAUUUUGAUUAUGGUUAAAAUUAUACACGGUAGGAUAAGACGUAGUGUUUGUCUGGUACCUUUGUAAACAAUCUCCGCAACAUCUGCUUUGUGGAAUUUAUAACUAGAAGAAACACUAAAUAAUGGGUAAUGAUAGUGUUGAUAUGUGUGAUGCUCUUAUUGGAAGAAUUGAUGAUGGAGAUACAGAUGUUCGAAAAACAGCUCAAGAAAUGGAUAUUAUUAGACAAAGAACUAUUGCUUAUGAAUAUUUAUGCCGCCUUGAAGAAGCCAAGACCUGGAUGGAAAGUUGCUUAAGAGAAAAGUUGCCAUCAGCUGAGGAAUUUGAAGAAUCUCUGAGAAAUGGUGUUUAUUUGGCUAAAUUGGGUAAUUUUAUUUCACCCGAUAUUCUGCCAUUAAAUAAAAUAUAUGAUAUUGAUCUGAGAAGAUACAAGGUUGUUGGUCUGCAAUUCAAACAUACGGAUAAUAUAAACAAAUUUCUGCAAGUCUUGAAAAAAACUGAACUGCCUGUGACAUUUCAACCAGAAACAACAGAUAUAUAUGACAACAAAAAUAUGCCCAGAUUGAUAUAUUGCAUUCAUGCUCUCAGUUCACAUUUAUUCAAACUUGGAAAGGCACCACUCAUACAUGAUGUGUUUGGGAAAGCAGUUUUUACAGAUGAGCAACUUGAUUCGGUAUCCAAAGAUUUGCAAAGAUAUAAACACCCUUUGCCAAAGUUUCAAAAAAUAAACGGGCUCCUUUCCAAUGGUCAUGUGGGUGACAAUUCUGAAACUCAUAAAGCACUAUUAGAGUUAAAUAAUGUAUUAGAUUCAGAAAAAUCUAUAUCUUUUGCCUUACUUAAUCCAUGUCUCAAUCUAAAAUUUGUUCAAAACAAGCUUAUAGAUGACUAUAAACAUGUUUUAAAAAAUGCAAAAAUGGACAAAAUUCAAGUGGCACAUAAUCAUUCUUUAAAUGAUAGUUAUGUUUCUGAUGAAUAUGAUGAAUUAUUAACCACAGCAGAAAUACAGGGGUAUAUUACUACAACGAAUUAUAAGUUUUCCUGGAAAACGUUAUGCUCAGCUUGUAGAAAUAAUGACGUAAACAAAUUGCAUAAAAUAUUUUCUGACGAUUGGAUUAAAGUGAAUGACUAUAAUCCUGAUAAUGUGGAUUAUUAUUGCGAUGUUGUACAAGAACUCUUAGAAAGCAGCAAGGAUAUUGAUGUGGAAAGUAUAACUAACUGGCACAAAAUAUUUCAAAGUAUAAUUUGUGAUGGUAACAGGAAGUCUAUGCAUCAUAUUGGGCAUAAAGUUGCUAUAGCUGAUGUUAACAAGGCACUUGAUGAAGGAAGUUCUGAUAACUUGUACACAGCAUUGACAAAUCCCAAGUUAGGAUUGAAAUUUCAAAUAAGCAGAUUUGCGCUUCCACUUUUGUAUGAGGAGAUGAGACUGGAAAAAUGUGAAUUAGAGAAAAAUUUGAAUGAAAGUGAGAUUGCAGCUUCUGUAGCAUAUUUGCUUUCGGUUGCUUCUGUAUCUGAAGCAGUUGAGAGAAGAGAUGAAACUGCUGUCUGGAGCUCUCUCAAUUCAAAACAAAUCAAUUUAGAAAUGCUCAGGCCACAUUGUAGACGUCGGUAUUUCUCAGCUUUAGUUUCAGCCUUAGAAGUAAAGUUCAGAGAACAAUGUGAAUGCCCCUUACUUACACUUGAUGAUAUCAGGGAUACUAUUGAAAUGGUGAACAUGACAGAUGACAACAAUGAUGAAUUGGUUUUGUUGGUGGAUAGUAUAAACAAUGCAGUGUCUGCAGAAAAUGUUGAUUCUCUGAUAGAUCUUUUGAAGAAUCCAUGUCUUAAACUUUCAUCGGCACUUCACAAAGAGGAAUAUCAUUUAUAUAUGAGAACAUUAAAGAAGCGUCUAUUACGUAAGGAGGGUCAAAAUCUCUGGUUGGAUGAUAUUGUUCAAGUUGUUGAAGAAGUUAAUUUUGAGUCGUCUAAAGUUAAACAACUCACAGACGCCAUUGUUCAGUUGAACUUAGCAAUACUACAAAACGAUUGUAACACUUUCUGGAGCAUGUUAACUUCACCAAUGUUCUCUGAAUGCGCGUUGGUUGAAGGAUCUUGCAAAGAUAUGUAUUUUCACAUGUUUAACAAAGCAUUGAAGAAGAAAGGAUAUUAUAUAUGUCCAUGGAUUGUUUGCCAUACAGAUGCUGGAAACACUGUAUAUAUAGACAUAGAAUCGUACACAUACAGUUGGACAACGCCGAAAGAUUUUGUCCCAUAUGCUCGAUACUUGACAAAAAAGGAUAUUAAGGCGAUUGUUGACAAAACUAACAAACAUCACAUAAAUGCGUAUAAACAAAAGCAGAUUGACAAGACAAUUGCUAAGUUGCAAGCGAGAUGUAGAGGCUAUAUGGUUAGGGAGAGAGUAAGGCGAUAUCAGUUUUUCAGAGAUAAUUUGGAAUAUAUCAUUAAAAUUCAGUCUUGGUGGAGAAGUGUUCUAGUAAGACGAAAAUUUGGUACCUUGAUAAAAAUGAAAGCUAUCGAGGCGAAACUAAAACAAGAGAGAAAACUGAAUCCUUUGGCUUGGUACAAAAUUCAGGUAAUAUUAAUAUAA